UAAAGAGGACCUUUAAUCCUUCAUGUAUCAUCGGAUGAAUCUUCACAAAUCAAAAGUAACAUAAACCCUAUACCACAUUUCUAAUUGCUACUGAUCUGCAAUGGCUGCUACCUCCUCGCUGAAGAAAAUGUGGGCUUCUUCAACCCUCCUCGCUAAAACCCAAUUCGCUUCUUCGCUAGCUGCCGCCUCUCCCUCUACACUCUUUACCACCAGCAAUCUCUCCCCCAUUCGCCGCGCCUUUCCUCUCUCAGAUGUGUUUGAUCUGAUUUCUGCGCCGACCAAGAUCCGCCUUGCAUCACCAUUGUUCAAUGGAAUUGGUUCCAGUGUCAGGCCUGGCUGGGAGGCGGAUCGUAUUCGUAGCUAUAGUACUUUGAAUGGACUCGGCAAUCAGGAUAUGAUUCGACUCGCCAAAGAGGAGGAUGUUAAGGUUCCGGUUAAAAAGAAGAGUUUCACCAAAAUAUGCAUGGUUAUUAAAACUUUUGACAACAAAAAUGCGGAGGAACAAACUUAUCCAGCUCACCAGAAUAAAAUUAGAUUGCCAACAAAACGAUCCCUGUUUACUGUUUUGCGAUCGCCUCAUGUUGAUAAGAAGUCAAGAGAACAAUUUUUUUUGACAACAAAGAAACAGCAUCUGGUCAUACAAGCGGAAAGGCAUGAAUUGGCCAAGAAGUACUUUUGGUUGAAGCGCCACCGUAUAAUGGGAGCUCAAUUUGAAGUCAAGUUUUUUUGCAAGACCCGUUUUCAACUUGCAAGGGAAAGAGAUGGAUUAAGUAAUAGCCCGGAGAGCGAAUUGCAGAUUGAGGCUGCUCCAGCCCUAGCUUCUAUUUAAUGAUUGGAGUUUUAGGAGGUAUUGUUGUCGGACUGAUUUGCUGGAGAAGUAGUAUAAGCUUUAUGCAAUUGAGGUGGGAGUGUUGCUGAUUGUGGUUCCUAAGUUGAAAUCAUGUUGUUUUUAAUUUUUGUUGCUAGUUUAUUGCUGUCUCCCUACGAUUUCUAAUAGUGGUUUGUCAACCCUUUAGUUGCUGUUGGUGUUUGCUCCUCAGAGUCCUAUUCCUGUGAACGUAAUUUUACUUAGCGAAAAAAAGAAGAAAAGAGACUGAUGUUUUUCAUGUGUCUAUUGAUAUCAUAUGUAAUAUUCUAAUGUCUAGGAGCAAGUAGUGAUCGUUGUUCUUAGUUUUAAGUGGUGAAAUGCAAUUGAAUCCUUUGAGAUGGUGAACAUGUGAAUAUAGAUGUUACUGUUAGAAUUUUGAUUUCACUAUGUGAGUAUUACUGUGAGCUCAAAUUUUGUUAUGUAUAAUCAAUGUUGUGUAUCCUUUAUGGUUCUUUUAUAUCCUAAUAGCUAUUUCGUGGAAAUCUAGCUGUGAUGCAAGUUCUGUAUAUUACCUACCUGUGAAGCUAAAUUGAUAGACUUUUAUUUGAAAAUUUUGUAAGCAAGAGUGUAAAAGUUGAAGAUCUAGACAUUGGAAAUGUCAAAUCUCAGACUGUAAGCUGUUAAAACAAGACAUUACAUAUUCUGUAACUUGAGGAUAUCAAUGUGACUCUUUCCUUCCAUUUUUCUUCCCAGAGUGUAUCUCAGGUAAUCAAGGUACUUGAUUCUUUUGAACAUUCUGGGCCGAUGUUCUUCGUCCACCAUUGAAUCUAACGGUCCAAUUUCCAGUUCGUCCUCUGGUAUAAAAAAUGUAGCUACUGAUAUUCUGGGAAUUUGUUGGUUUGUAACAGCUCUAUGCUCUACACUUUUGUACGCCCCAUUACUUAGUACCUGCAAUAUCAUGAAUGCAUACAAGUAUUACACGAGGUCUUGGUACCAAAGCACAUAAAGAAGAUCCAUUGCUAGCUAAACGUGCCCUGGUCCGUGUUUUUGUGAUAUUGUGGACAAUGUACUUAUAAUCGUGUGUAUUCGGAUGAUUUUAGCUGGUAGGAGUGUCAAACGAUGCUAAUAAUAGGUCUGACUAAACAAUUAUCUCCUGCCAAGAGGUUUAAAGAGAUGGAGGUUUCAGUUCCCCUUGCCAAUAUUAAUAUGUUGGUGGGUUGGUUCUGCUACUUGUGAGCAUGUGCAGGUUCUUCUGCCUUACCCGUGGUGGCUCUGAUGGGUAAUGGGCGGUUUGUGCAUUGGGGCAGAUGCUAGUGCAUGUUGUUCGUGGUGUCGUGCUAGGUUUGAUUCUAGUUGUGGGAUUGCAGAUAGCUUAUGUAUAUUACAAAAUAACUAUACUAAUAGUUCUAAGUAAAGUUGUUUGUUAAAUCAUUUACCUCCAGAGCAUCGCCUAUGUUCACAACUAAUGCAUUCGGAAUUGGCUUUACAGGUACCCAGAUUUCCUUGUUCUUAAUUUGGAGGCCAGUAAUGUCAUCAUCUUGCAAGAGUAAAGUUAAGGAGCUGGCAUCUGAAUGUGGACUCACACCUAGAACAAGAUCAGGCCUCGCACAAGCCGGAUAGUAAUUCAUUCUAACACCGAGUUUCAUCACACCAUGAAUAUCUUUAAGACUCUCUCUUUCCAUUCCCAUCAGCACUGACAAAUUCUCAAAAAUUUCGUCACCCACUUUCUGUAAUUCUGUCGAGUACUUUUCAACUGCCUCCCUGUCAGAAAACAAAGGACAAUUUGAUCAUAUCAUGGAGUUGUAAUACUGCACAAGUUACUGUUUACUAUGCCUUGAUAUCAGAAAUGAAUACCUAAAGCCUGUUAUAGUGGUCGGCCAGUGUUUCAUAUUCUUAUACUUCGGUGGUGCAGUGAUCAAGAACAGAAGGUCAUUCCAAUCAAGUUUUUGCUCAUCUGAGACAACAUAGCCUUGCCCAUAUCCUUGGAAAUCAUUUGCUGCCAUGGAAUACUUCUUCUUCUCUACCAGGGGGAGCUCGAAAAAUUCUGCUACAGCAGCUUUCAUUGCGUGUAAGACCUUGUCUGAUACCCCGUGAUCUAUUACCUGA